AUGAGUGCACCAAGGAUCUUCGACAACGAAGUCGAUAUAGACGAGCUUGUCCCAAAGCUGACUAGCAAUGUCGACUGGAAGACCUGGAAGACCAAGCUUUUCCUGGCGCUCCGUGCCAUCAACCCUAUGUAUGCGGAGCUGCUUACUGGCACAUGCCCGAAACCUCAAUAUCCUGAGUUGCAGGAUUGCUCUUUCGAGCAUGUCAAAUCCUCGCUGCUUGCCAAUGAUAAUGACGAGAUGCUCGACGACAUCACCGACGACAUUGUCGAGAAGAGCAUCGAGGCGAUCCACCACCACAACUCGCAGCUGAAAGCGCAACACCAGGCGGCCGAUAUCCACUGGGUCACUGCCAACAAUCGGGCAUUCGAACUGCUGCGCUCCACCCUCGGUUCUGACGCACUCACCAUGGUGUCUGACUUCCCCGACCCCCACAGUGCUUACAUCCAAUUGAAGUUCUAUUUCAAAUACGAAACCAAAGGGCCUGGCUACAGCAAAUGGGAGAAAUUGCUCGACAUGCCGUUCAAGACCGGCAAUUCUCCGAUCUUUGUGGAACGUUUCAAGACACUCCUCCGUCGCUACGCUCAGGUUUAUCUUUAUCGGAAAUUGCCUCUCUCCAGAGAGUUUGAAUUGUUCAAAAUUGCCAUCGCCCACAAUCCUCAAUGGCUCGAAUUCUUUCGGAAAGUGAAGGUCAAGGACGAGAAGAACUUUAUGCAAAAGGUCUACAACUCGUUUAUUUGGUUGGACCUUCGGGAGCUCCGCAGGAAGCGCGCUGCAAAGAAGAAGGCUCGCGAGUCUGCCAGACCUAUGCAGCUUGCUUUUCGACCUCGGAUCUGA